AGAGGAGAUUAACGACCAAUUGUUGACCCAAAAGGGCAGUGGGCGAUUCGUAAGCGAAACCGAAGAAAUCAAUAAUGAAUAAACCCGUAUAAAAGUCGUGGGCUGCCUCUUUGAAACGACCUAGGCAUGUUUACGCUCGCUACAAGAUUACUCGCUCCAACUAGACUUCUCAUUGCUAACAAAAACUUCACUUUCUCAAUAAUGGCCGCGGCUACUUUCUCCGCAAACUCGCCGUCUUACACUCCUCUGAAAAGGGUUGGCACCCACAAUGGAAGCUUUCACUGUGACGAAGCACUGGGCUGCUUCAUGAUUCGCCUCACCAACAAGUAUUCCGGGGCCGAAAUCGUACGAACAAGAGAUCCGCAGAUGUUAGAGACUCUUGAUGCUGUUCUUGAUGUUGGUGGAGUGUACGAUCCCAGUCAUGAUCGUUAUGACCACCACCAAAAGGGUUUUGCGGAGGUUUUUGGACAUGGGUUUACUACUAAACUUAGUAGUGCUGGUCUUAUUUAUAAGCAUUUUGGAACAGAAAUAAUUGCAAAAGAGCUUCAGGUUGAUGAAGGGCACCCAGAUGUGCAGAGGUUAUAUUUAGCCAUUUACAAAAGCUUCAUGGAGGCAAUCGAUGCAAUUGACAAUGGAAUCAAUCAAUAUGACACUGAUCAACCUCCUAAAUACGUGAACAACACCCACUUGUCAUCAAGGGUUGGAAAAUUCAAUCUAGACUGGACUGACCCUGAUCAGUCUUCUGAGAAAGAGAAUCAAGCUUUUCAGAAGGCAAUGAAUCUCGCAGGCACUGAGUUCUUAGAUAGUGUUCGAUUUCAUGUAAAAUCAUGGCUUCCAGCUCGCUCAAUUGUCAUGGAAUGUCUUGCAGCAAGAACCAGUAUUGAUCCUAGUGGAGAAAUUAUGGUUUUGGAUAGAUUUUGCCCUUGGAAGCUUCAUUUAUAUGAGCUUGAGCAGGAGUUGAAGACAGAACCAUCUGUUAAAUAUGUUCUUUACCAGGAUGAAAGGAGCAAAAGCUGGAGAGUGCAGGCAGUAGCAAAAUCUCCUGAUAGCUUUGAGAGCAGAAAGGCUCUUCCUGCUCAAUGGAGAGGGUUGAGAGAUGAUGAUCUUUCCAAGGAAUCUGGGAUUCCGGGGUGUGUUUUUGUGCAUAUGAGUGGCUUUAUUGGUGGGAAUCAUACGUAUGAAGGUGCACUUGCCAUGGCUAGAGGUGGCUUAAAGCUCUAAAAAUGGCAUCUUCUUCUACUUUAUUCGCCCCAUUUUCAGCUUUCCAAUUAAAAAAUUUUAUUUAUCUUUUCACAAAGUGUAUUAGAUUGUUAUGCAAAUUAUGAGACAGGUGGAACAGUUGCUUAUUCAGAGUUCUUUUUUCAA